AUGGUCCUUCACCAGUUUGACUACAUUUUUGCCAUUGGCACCAUAUUUGCGUUCCUGGACGCAUGGAAUAUUGGUGCCAACGAUGUCGCCAACUCCUGGGCAACAUCGGUGUCGUCGCGGUCCGUGAAGUAUUGGCAGGCAAUGAUCCUUGCUACUCUUAUGGAGUUCAGUGGAGGUAUUGGUGUGGGGGCGCGAGUUGCCGACACAAUUCGCACAAAGGUUGUGGAUGUGAAUCGGUUUGAGGAUAACCCAGCCCUUCUCAUGUUGGGAAUGACCUGCGCGCUGGUGUCUUCUUCCUUAUACCUUACCUUUGCUACUAGAAUCGGUCUCCCUGUUUCUACCACCCAUUCCAUCAUGGGAGGUGUGAUUGGCAUGGGGAUUGCGCUUCUUGGUGGAAAUGGAAUCAAGUGGUGGGGAGGAGACAUCAACUCCGGGGUCGUGCAGGUAUUUUUGGCAUGGGUUAUUGCGCCUCUGAUGUCUGGCGUAUUUGGCGCCAUCAUCUUCCUCUUUACCAAGUACGCAGUGUUGCUUCGAAAGAAUCCAGCCAUGAGGGCCCUGUUCACCGUGCCUCUAUACUUUUUCAUCACCUGCACGCUCCUCGCAUUGCUGAUCGUGUGGAAGGGUGGGUCCAGCAGAAUUUCCCUCACGAACGCAGAGACUGCUGGCGUUAUUGUUGGUGUUGGGGCUGCUAUGGCUCUACUGUCUGGUCUAUUUUUGGUCCCCUGGCUGUACCGCAAGGUGAUUAAAGAUGAUUGGGAGCUGACAUGGUUUCAUCUGCCACUUGGUCCUCUACUAUUGCGCCGUGGGGAGGUUCCGCCUCGCCCCGAUGGUGUCGAGGCGAUUGAAAAUUACUACCGCGGCCACAAGACCAUGGAUGAGCUCCAGGCCGAGCGCACCGCAACUGGGGAUGUGGAGAGCGAGGGCGACUUCAAUAAGCCUGAUGAAGAUCCAUCGUCUCAGGAGCCCAAGGAACAGACUCAAGUUACUGCUGCUACAAAGUCGGAGCCGGGGAAUUUCCAAAUCUCUGGACCUCGGCCAGAGGGCGGUACAUUCCACCCGGCUGUGCUAUUCUGGCAGGUCAAGCGACUCUUCUUUCGCGGUAUUGAGCAGGACAUCAUUAGCAUCCAGAACAAGAGGAACCUCCUGACUGGUGAUAUCGAAAUGGUCCAUGCCCACGCAACGCAUUUCGAGAACCGAGCCGAGUUUAUGUUCUCCUUCCUUCAGGUUCUGACUGCCUCCACUGCAUCAUUCACCCAUGGUGCCAACGAUCUUUCCAAGUAUGUUUUCCACUAUUACUCUCCCGCUGCCGUCGGACCUUACGCAACUAUCUACUACAUCUGGUCUACCAAUGAACUUUCAUCUAAGAGCCCCGUUCCUUACUGGAUCUUGGCCUUCGGAGGCAUUUCUCUUGUCAUUGGUCUGUGGACUUAUGGCUACAAUAUCAUGCGCAACCUGGGUAACCGUAUUACUCUUCACUCUCCCUCUCGCGGUUUUACGAUGGAGUUGGGCUCCGCUAUUACAAUUAUUGUCGCGACGAGACUCAAGCUGCCUAUCUCCACGACGCAAUGUAUCACUGGCGCUACUGUCGGCGUCGGUCUCUGCAACGGGACCUGGAGAACUAUUAACUGGCGCAUGGUGGCCUGGAUCUACUUUGGCUGGAUACUGACCCUCCCCGCUACUGGUAUCAUUUCCGGCUGCUUGGCGGGCAUCAUCAUUAAUGCCCCUCGCUGGGAUCGCCAUUCCACAAAUAAGAUUAGGGCUUUUGUAAUUUCUCGAGAGAAGAGCAAGAUGAUUGCGAAGGAGUUAGAGACCAGGCAGCUGCCAGUGACUCUCCUCUCGGGGUUUCUGGGAAGCGGGAAAACGACCCUCCUCGAACACAUUCUCAAGUCCCAGGACCAUGGGCUUAGAAUCGCCGUCAUUGUCAAUGAUAUGAGCACGCUCAAUAUCGACGCCACCCUGCUUACGAACCACAAGGUGUCACAGACAAAGGAAAAGCUGAUCCAGUUGCAAAACGGGUGUAUCUGCUGCACGCUUCGCGGGGACCUACUCGCUGAGCUGGCACGUCUUACGAAACAACGGGGGGUGGAUUAUGUCGUUAUCGAGAGUACAGGAAUUAGCGAGCCCCUGCAAGUGGCGGAGACAUUCACUGCCGAGUUUAGCAAGGCCAUGCUGGAUGCGGAAGAGCAAUUCAUGGACGAGGACGGCGGCGAUGAAGAAACCAGUGUGAAUAUGGGCGGGCUGCAUACUCUGGCGAAAUUAGAUACGACCGUCACCGUCAUUGACGCAUUCAAUUUACUUGCUAAUUUCGACACAACAGAGUUCCUCUCUGACCGUUACGGCUCAGAGGAAAUUGUCCCAGAGGAUGAGCGUACGAUUUCAGAUCUGAUGGUUGACCAGAUUGAGUUUGCCGAUGUCGUGAUCGUCAACAAGAUAGAGACAGUCAGUGAGGAUACAACGGCCAAAAUCCGGCGGCUUAUUGGAUUGCUGAACCCAGACGCCAAGGUGUUGGAAAGCUCGUACUCGCGGGUUGAUGUGAGGGAAAUCAUCGGGACAGGCAGGUUUAAUUUCCUCAAAGCUGCUUCGGGGGCUGGAUGGUUGAGAAGCCUGCAUGAGAUGACGGUGCAAAAUACAGGCUUGGGGAAGAGGAUGGCACCUAAGCCUGAAACUUUGGAGUAUGGAAUUAAUAACUUUGUUUAUUCCGCGCGAAGACCAUUUCAUCCGCGACGCCUUUUUUCACUCUUGCAUGAUAAGUUUAUCGUCCUUCAGUCCUCGCAGCACGCACAUGAUGAUGGCGAAGAGGAAGGGGAAGAUGACGAAGACGAAGACGGAGAUGAAGAUAUGGAAGAUUCCGAAGAUCUGGACGACUUUGAUGAUUUUGAGCAGCCGGAUGAGGCUGUCAUCUUGGCCAACAAGCGUUCUCACCCGGCCUUUGGCCCAUUAUUGCGCUCCAAGGGCUUCUUUUGGCUAGCUACUCGCCCAAUGCAAUUCGGGGAAUGGAGCCAGGCUGGUGGGAUGCUUACAGUGGGAUGUGGCGGCCCAUGGUUUGCAGAAGUCCCAGACGAGGCCUGGCCAGAGGACAAGGACGUUCGAGAGUCCAUCGAAAGGGAUUUUCAAGGCAAAUGGGGCGAUAGGCGCCAGGAACUGGUAUUCAUUGGCGAAGGGCUGGAUCCACAUGCGGUUACGGUGUUAUUGGAUGAGUGCUUGCUAGACGACGCUGAUAUGAAAAGGUGGGAAAGAGUCAUGAAGAAUAAAAAGCUGUCAACGGCGGAAAAGAACGAGAAAAUAGGGAAGAUGUGGGAAGAUGGAUGGGAGGAUUGGCCUGGGCCAGGCGAGGAGCAUGAGGAUUAG